AUGUCAAGGGACAAUGGCGGGACCAUCGAGGCAUCAGAAAGAGAGGACCAUCUGGGCAUCAGAAAGAGAGGACCAUCGAGGUAUCAGAAAGAGAGGACCAUCGAGGUAUCAGAAAGAGAGGACCAUCGAGGUAUCAGAAAGAGAGGACCAUCAAGGCACCAGAAAGAGAGGACCAUCGAGGUAUCAGAAAGAGAGGACCAUCGAGGUAUCAGAAAGAGAGGACCAUCUGGGCAUCAGAAAGAGAGGAACAUCUGGGCAUCAGAAAGAGAGGACCAUCUGGGCAUCAGAAAGAGAGGACCAUCGCGGUAUCAGAAAGAGAGGACCAUCGAGGCACCAGAAAGAGAGGACCAUCUGGGCAUCAGAAAGAGAGGAACAUCUGGGCAUCAGAGAGAGAGGACCAUUGAGGCACCAGAAAGAGAGGACCAUCUGGGCAUCAGAAAGAGAGGACCAUCGAGGCACCAGAAAGAGAGGACCUUUGAGGUAUCAGAAAGAGAGGACCAUCUGGGCAUCAGAAAGAGAGGACCAUCGAUGCACCAGAAAGAGAGGACCAUCGAGGUAUCAGAAAGAGAGGACCAUCGAGACAUCAUGAAAGAGAGGACCAUCGAGGCAUCAGAAAGAGAGGGCCAUCGAGGCACCAGAAAGAGAGGACCAUCGAGGCAUCAGAAAGAGAGGACCAUCUGGGCAUCAGAAAGAGAGGAACAUCUGGGCAUCAGAAAAGAGAGGACCAUCGAGGCACCAGAAAGAGAGGACCAUCUGGGCAUCAGAAAGAGAGGAACAUCUGGGCAUCAGAAAGAGAGGACCAUCGAGGCACCAGAAAGAGAGGACCAUCGAGGUAUCAGAAAGAGAGGACCAUCUGGGCAUCAGAAAGAGAGGACCAUCGAGGCACCAGAAAGAGAGGUCGAUCGAGGUAUCAGAAAGAGAGGACCAUCGAGGCACCAGAAAGAGAGGACCAUCGCGGCAUCAGAGAGAGAGGACCAUUGA